CCAAUACAAUUAACACGCCCCUGUGAACAAAAGUUAAUCACUCUUUUUUUUUUUUUUGGAUCAAAAAGUCGAUCACUUUUGUUUUUCUCCAUCUAUAUAUACAACAACAACUCAUUUUCUUUCACUGUACAUCAAUUUCUAUGGAUGAUUCCUGGCGCAUGCGCAUGGGAAUGCCGAGCGUGCCCGGCCGGCGCUCUGGCGCCGAUCGAACCUUCACGCGCUCGAUAUCCAGCAUGUUCGGGGUCGCCACAACUCUUCAAGCGGACGACUUCGCCGACGUGUUUGGGGGACCGCCACGGAGCGUCCUCCCUCGACAAUCUUCCGGCUGCUCCACUUCGUUCUGCGAGGAGAUUUUCCAGCCGGAGUUCGUCUCUACAUCGGAUAAGAGGGGCCGGAACUUGCCGGAGUUCAGGAUUCCGGCGAGGAGCGAGGGGUUCUAUAGUGAUAUCUUUGGAUCGGACGAUGAGUUCCAGCGGAGGUCGAGAGAGCGGUCGAGGCCGAACUCCAAGGCCAAGUCGAAUUCUUCUUCGGUGCUGAGCUCGGAGGAGCUGAGUCCUCUGCAGCCGGUCAUCGGCGAUGACGUGGCGUUGUCGUCCUUCGCUUCGAAGCUCAGGCCCAUAAAUGUAAGAUGGGACUCAUCGACUAUGAAGCCCGCCAAGGAACAUUCAAAGAAACAAGGAAUACCAGCAGGUGUUCAUUGCAGUCAUCCUUCAUUCAUCGAAAAACAAAAUAACGAAAAUGCAUACGAUGAACAUACUAGAGCCUCCUACUUUGGAUUCACACGAAAGGUUUUGUCCCCGGAAACCAUUAGUAUCGAACCCAGUUCAUUUCGAAGUGUCAAGCUAUCCACGGAGGAUCUUGAACCACUCAACUCCCCUUCAUCGGAAGUCUCUUCGAUUUGUCAAGAACAUGAGGCCAAAACGGGGAUUCUUCAUGAUCAUGUUUUGCCAGGAAAAGAAGUGGGGGUGCUAGAACAAGAAGAACUAGAUGAUGAUGAUGAUGAUGAUGAAGUGAUGAGCUCUUAUGUGAUUGAGAUCAAUUCUGACCAUAGAGAGGGUACAUGUGAAGAAGUUAACCUUGAAGAAGCAAUUGCUUGGGCUAAAGAGAAGUUUCAAACGCAUGGUGCUUCUGAAAAAGAAUCAAGCAUGACAGCUCAUGAUCACAAUGAGCAGUCCAUUGAAAUGGAUGAAGGAAGGCCUAAUGUGGAUGAAUGCUCGGAUCAACAGAGAGAUGAACACGAAAUGACUAGAACUCCCCAGGAUGAAGACAGAACAUGGUGUGGUGAAGAUGAAAAGCAACAUUCAGAAAAAGAUAUGGAACUGGAGUUCUUGGAUGAAGACAUAAGGUUAUGGUCAGCUGGCAAGGAAUUGAACAUUCGCAUGCUUCUUUCAACACUACACCAGAUACUAUGGCCCAAUAGUGGUUGGUAUACAAUACCUCUGACAAGCCUAAUAGAAAGUUCACAAGUCAAGAAAGCCUAUCAAAAGGCAAGGCUAUGUCUCCACCCUGACAAACUGCAACAAAGAUCAGCAACACCAGCUCAAAAGUAUGUUGCUGAGAAAGCUUUCUCCAUCCUCCAGGAUGCAUGGGCAGUAUUCAUCUCCCAAGAUGUUUUCAUUAUCUAGUGGACACUUGGUACUCAGUUUUGACUUGAAGAUUGCGAUUGAACUACGUGCAAGCUUUUAGGUAUCCAUCAUAUAUAUUGAACAAUAUCGACCUUCUUCUUCAUCGUGAGCUUUGUAAAUGCGAAAUAUGUACAUUGUUGGAUUAACUACAGUUGGUAUUUCUAAUCUGUAUAUGUUUUGAAGUGGUUCACAGUA